AUGCAUAUCAAGUUCCAACUAAGUUUCGGCGCAGCAUUUAUGCUGUUAAUCGCCCAACUGGCAGUGGCACAAGUACCAUUUCCGCGCAGUUGUCCAGCGGUGAAAGUGCCCACAGAUUUUAAUGCUGAUGCUUACAUGGGCACCUGGUAUGAAUAUGCCAAAUAUCCGCAUAUCUUUGAAAUCGCUAAACGUUGCAUGUCUGCGCGUUACAGCAAUAAAGGCAACAACACAAUUGGUGUGUUGAAUACAUCGAUUAAUACAAUCACCGGUCACAUAACAAAUACCACAGGUGUUGCCCGUAUGCUUGCUCCAUCGCAAAUAAAUGUGCUCUUCAGCAAAUUUCCCAAUUCCGUUGAUAUACCAAACUACAUCGUACUUGGAACUGAUUACAAGUCAUACAGUGUGGUCUACAGUUGUACAAACAUCACCGCAUUUGCGCACACAAAACUACUUUGGAUAAUGACCCGCGAACGAAAGCCUUCACCUGAAGCUGUGAGUACAGCUAAGAAAAUCAUGGAUGACAAUAAUUUACAACAAUCGUUCCUACUGAUCGCCGAUCAAGAAAAUUGCCCAGAGGUGUAUCCCAGUUAUGGCGUGAAUAUACAUUUUGGAGGUGAUAACUCUAACACCAACAACAAUGCUAAUAAAAUCAACAAAACCACCAACAACCAAGCGGAUGCAGCCGACGAUGUUAUUUUCGUCUCAAAGCCCAUAAUUGCUACGGCCACAAGCACCCAAAGUCCCACUCCAGCUGACAUAGAUGAAUUGGAUACCACAUCGGAGACGGCGGCCAAUGUUAUUGAAAUGGCAUGAGAGUUGUUUAGGCGCAUUUGGCAGCGCAUCGUCGACAUGGUGUCGUGGUUCUUUGCUUUGGCUUAAAUGAGUUUUUUGAAUUUUUA